ACUUACUGCUACGACUUACGAGUUUUCAUCUUGAAAAUUUCCAUCCUCGCGAACUUUUGAAGCAAAGUUUCGACCAAGUUUCUUUGUUGACUUCAACUUUUCCAAACUUUGCCCCAUCUCGAUUCAGCGUUGAACUUGAAACAGCUACAAGUGUCAUGAAAAGUUUGCUCAAAAAUAGUAAAACUUAGAAUUUUCGUCGCCAUUUUAUUUUUUGUCGCGCUGGAAAAGCGGCCAUUUUCUUUGUGCCGCGUCGGUCGACGAGUCGUAUGUGGUCCCUAAAGUUAAAUUAGUUAAGUUGGGGCGUGAUCUCAUCAUAUGAAGUGAUUCGAGAUCUGGGCGCGACGUGAGGUACGUAAAGCGAACGGGACGAUGGACGACGACCAGCAAUUCUGCCUUCGGUGGAACAAUCACCAGUCGACGCUGGUGUCCGUUUUCGACACACUACUCGAGAAAGGCAUUCACGUGGACUGUACCUUGGCUGCAGAAGGGCAGACGCUCAAGGCUCACAAAGUUGUCCUCUCCGCUUGCAGCCCAUAUUUUGAGAGUGUAUUAUCUCAACAGUAUGACAAACAUCCAAUAAUAAUAUUGAAAGAUGUGAAGUAUGCAGAAUUGAGGGCUAUGAUGGACUACAUGUACCGUGGGGAAGUGAACAUUUCCCAAGACCAGCUGGCCGCCCUGCUGAAGGCUGCGGAGUCUCUGCAGAUCAAAGGUCUGUCUGACAACAAGCCGUCCCGGCCUCCGUCGCGCCCGGCGCCCGCCGCGCUGCCCGCACACCCGCCACGCGUGCCCUCGCCUCCGCCACAAGCAAGAGAAGGCAGCAUAGACAGUCGCGAAGGCUCCGUGAGUCCGUCGCGGCGGCGGAAGAAAGCGCGCCGCGGCAGCAGCGAGGCGGCCGCCCCCGCGCCCGCGCCGCCGGCCGCGCCCGCGCCGCAGGGCAACGGCGACGAGCCCGCGUGCAAGCAGGAGGCGGCGCGCGACGGCGUGGAGGACCUCACGCUGGACGAGGAGAUGGAGGAGCAGGCGCCGCCCACGCACAACGACGUCGUACGCAGUUUUCAAUGGCACAUGGAACGAUCUCAAGAUGAAAUUAUGAAUUCGAGUGACAGUGUUCGAGAUUCGCAAGACUUGCACAAGGAGUCGUCAUUGCCGGCGCUGCUGUCGCUGUUGUCGGCGCAGCAGCUCGUGCCGCCCGUGCUGCAGCUCGCGCCUCUCGCCAAACACAAGGAGCUCUCCUUCCGCCCGCACUUCCCCAAGCUGCCCAUCGACUCCAUACCCGAGAACAUCAAGGCCCACCUCCUGCAACAAGCCUUUAUGCAAAACAACAACAGUGUCGGACAGAAUGUCGACUAUAAACCCACCAAAGACGACGAAUCCGACGCGGAAUAUGACGACACGGACGAUAUAGUGUUGCAGGAGGAGGCGGAGGGGUAUUACGACAAUAGCGGGUACAUCUCGGGCGCCGGCAGCCUGCCCGGCGACAUAUUCGAAUCCAAACCGGACGCCAAAGGGCACUAUGGCAAACGAGACGGCAACAGCUCGGACGACGCCAGCCGCCAGUUUGAAUGCCGGCAUUGCGGCAAGAAGUACCGCUGGAAGUCCACUCUGCGGCGCCACGAGAACGUGGAGUGCGGCGGUAAAGCGCCCUCGCACCAGUGCCCGUACUGCUCCUACAAGGCCAAGCAGCGGGGCAACCUCGGCGUCCACAUCAGGAAGCACCACAACAACGAGUGGUACAUAUACGCCAGCAACAAAGUCAGGCGGAACAAAAAGACGUCGAUAUAGACACGUUUACGUUUAAAAAUCAAUUAGACCAAAGUAGAUACCUAACCAAAUCGGUACUGCAAUAAUUAUUUAUAACUAUUUAAAGUUACGUUUUUGUUGAACCAUUUUAUUAUUUACUAAAAAUUAGUUUUAAUGUGCACAUUCCUUAACGGCAUUAGCGAUCGUUUGUUGUUUUCGUUUUAGAGUUUAUUGAUGUAGUUAAGACUGACCCAAAGUAUUUCAUUGGAAAGCAUACGGCCGAAGGUCGAGUAAUUUGUGUAAUUGCCGAUGAUAGGAAGCCGUUCUUAGUAGUAACCUUUAAUUAUUAAUUAAUACGCCUAAACCACCUCAUUCCAAAUUGUUAUUACGAACGGCUUAUGCAAUUUAGUUCCAAAAAUAAUGUCCAUUAAAUCUCGAAUUUUUUUAGUAUAUAAAUUUACUACCUUUCCUGAAAAGGAAUAUAAUUCCAAAUUUAGAACUUAGUGCAAUGAUAUUAUAAGGGAAAAGAAAAUGAUAUUUAUAAUGAAAUAUUAUUGUUAUAACACCAUCGUUUAGUCGUUUAUAAAAUUUUUAUUGUUUGUAGUCUUAUAAUUCUAUCACGGGUAGAAAAAGUAAUUUUAUAUUCUAUUUUGCAGGAUAUAAGAAUCGUUGAUUAUGUUCUAUAAGUUAUUUUUCAUAUUCUAUUUUUUGUUUCUUCGAUCUACGUUUUUAGUGAGAGGGACCACGAUCAUAUCUUCCUUACAUUCUUAUAUGAAAACCCAAAGUUAAUUAUUAAAGGUUUAUUUAUUAGAUUAUAGAUAUUAUUAAAAUUUAGGCUGUUGAGGGCUCAUUUGAGAGGUUGUUGGCCUCAAAUUUAUUAUAGCAGUAAUGCACUGCGACGUUUUUGAGGUAUUUUAAAAUUUUAGAUAAAUAUUUGAAGCUCAUCCAUUAUGUGCCUACAAUGUUACCUGUAGAUGUAUGUAAUUUAUUAUAGCAAAUAAUCAUGAAUUCGAUGUAUUUAAAAAAAAACUGGGAUAAAAAAAUGUGUUCAAAAUUUUGAAAAGAAUGUUAUCUUGAUAUUAACAGAUAUUGAACUGCAAUAUUUCAAGUUGGUUAGCAUAUUGACUGUUGAUAUUUUUGUUAAACUAGGAUAACAAAGCUAUUUGACCAAAGUCAGUAUUAGUGUUAUAAACGUGAUGAUAAGACGGUGGAUGUUACUGGUUAAACAUUCAAGUCAUUGCUAAGCAGUAAUUGUUGUUGAUGCAAUAUUCCCAUAUCAUGUUAUAUUGUAAGCUACUGAUGUAUGAUUAGUCUAAAAUUUGAUGUUAUAAAGUUUAUAUUGUUUGUUAAUAUUAUUGGAAAACUAGUUUUUGAGUAGUGUGAUUUUAUAUGAAUAUAUUGGGGUUCAUUUGGUAGGAAAUUUUCAAAUAUAGUUUAGUAUAACCACA